AUGCUCAGUUCCGGCGGAUCGUCGUCGCUGUGGACUCGAGCGCGCCAGGUCGAGCAAUUGCCACAGCUCGAUUGCUGGGACCUCACUACACCGAUCGGACAAGUGCAAUUGGCGAACCUGGCGUUUGGCAGGACUUGUAGGGUACGUUGUGAUCGAGGCGUUGUAGAAGAUACCGAACCAACCCUCAUUACAGCGCUUCGUGAGCCGGCGGUAUGCAGGGGUGUGGAAAGGGAAACGCCCGCAAAGUCGACUGGUUCUUACGGGCCCGACUGUGCUCUUCUUGCUUCCGAUCAAAGUAAGAUAAUUUUUCCCUUCUGGAGACCGCCUUUGACUCUGUAUCACCCUGACGACGAGAUCAUUCCCGGACAGGCUGGUUCUGGAAGGCCCCGACGAGCCGGAUCCCGCGUUUGCACAAUAUUUUAUGGGCACGAAGCGCUACACACCUCGCAGUCGUGAGUGCAUCCAACCCUGACUGCUGCCUUCUACACUCUAAAGCUCAGCAUUCCAACUUUUUGGCAGGCGCGGGCAAAAAAUGGAAGACGAUUCGCAGUAAGUCGCUAGCACCAAGUCACCCCCUAUCUACAGCCCAAGCGCAUGCUGACCCGACGUCGCGGUCACAGCCUUCUUCUUCGAGCCAGCCCUGGCAGCGACUUCGAAAUGGCUCUCAACUUUGUUCGAGCCUGUACUUCAUGAAGCUGAGUCUCAAGAUCUCGAGCCCGAAGACGUCGAAGAUCUUUUCGAGCGACCGACCGAGCAGAUCCGGCGACGCUUGGAUGAACGCCAACGUUGGGUCGACGCCAUACAAAGGGUGAGCUCAUUCUUUCUUUUAUCUUUCUUCUGUCCCGGAGUCACCGGAUUCGGAGCGCCUAUAUUCCCCGUGGAUUCAACGCGACGGUGGCACAAGUCAAGUAAGGGAAUCGGCGCUCGAUACACGCUCGAUCGCCAUCAGAAGGCAAAGGAAGGUGCCGUGUCUCACAAUUCGGCAAGGACCGAAGAUCUUGCAAGCGCGCGCGCGCGCCGCCGAAUCAUUUCGCUGUGAUGUCAGCACUUGCAGGGACGUCCGUCGACCCCAUUCGGGAAUAAAUUGUGGGGUUGGGUGUCGCAUUGGAAUUAGGUCGCGUGGCGUCUAUCUAUCUAUUAUCUAUUAUAAAUCCCCUGAACCAUGUCGCGUGCGUGACGUUUGGUCUCGGAUUGCACAUCAAUGGCGAAGAAGCAUUACCUCGAAUCUCGACUGCUUCUCUUGCUAACCCGAGAGCCUUCUCCCCUUUGUCUUAUUGUUGAACGAAACUCCUACAGGAAUGGUCCCUCCUACGUCAUUCUGCCUCCCAAACCGGUGCUACAACGCUCAGCACCGCUACUAGGGCGCAGGCCCAAGCUCAUCAGCGACAACCACCACCACCACCACCACGACGGGUCCCCACCCGAAGCCAAAACGAAAAUAGGCGGAACGCCACCGGGGGCGGAGGAGGCUUAUCAUGA